UUUGCUACGAGUGAUCCUGAAUGACGUCAUUUCCGGGGCGCCUGGAUUAAACGUUCCCCUCCUCCCCCUACUGCGGCGUAGGGAUGCUUCUUGCCUCGGGAACAGUCCACCUGCGGCUCACCUGAUAGCGUGACGGCGCGUGCUUCACGCAACGUCGUUUGUUUCGCAGCAGCUCCGUGAAGAUGGCGGCUUACCGAGCCGUGCGACCGUUUCACCGACGCUGAGCGCCCGGGUCUCCGCACAGAGGGAUGCGCAGCACGGCUACAGGCGUCCGCAGGAACUGCGGGUGAUUUCAGGCCGGUUUGCGCUCCGGUUGUCCCGCAGAGACGGACGGCAGGAGACUGACGUCGCCCAGACACAGCGGCAGCUCGGCCGCAGGCUCCUCCGUCCUCUGGUUCCGAACAGCACCAGCAGACCGGUUUUAACCUUCCAGGUUUUAUUCAGACCGCUGCCCGGUGGUCCCGGACCGACGCAGAACUCCGCGGAGAAGUCAGUCGCGAUGUGGACCGCGGGGUCCGGAACCCAGAGAAGGUGACCGAACCGAACAGCACCGGAGAAACCCGAGCCAGUAUUUUCCAGAGAUUUCUGGGGCUGGAGCACCGCGCAUCCCGGACCAUCAGAGACCUCCGUGUGUAAAUCCGGCAGCAGGUAGAACUCGCCCCGGGCUAUGGGCACUCAGGGACCGGGCAGGAAGAGGAUCCCGAACCGGGACAAGAUGACAGCGGAAGACGAUGCCCUCAACCAGAUAGCACGAGAGGCGGAGGCGAGGCUGGCGGCAAAACGAGCUGCCAGAGCCGAAGCCCGGGAGAUCCGGAUGAAGGAGCUGGAGAGACAACAGAAGGAGCUUUUCCAAAGCCAUAAGAGGCAUCAUGGUGUGGAAAAUAAGUGGGGUCACAUUGAACAGUGGAUGGAGGACAGUGAGCGGUACUCUCGCCACUCGCGGAGACACGCUUCGGUGUCUGAUGAUGAGGAGAGAAUGUCUGUGGGCAGUCGAGGCAGCUUUAGGCCUUCAGACUACAGUGGUUUCCUUGGUUCUGGGUCUCGGACCUCCUCCAGGGCAAGUUCGGCCCGUGCGAGCCCGGUGGUGGAGGAGCGGAUGGAAAGAGAGUACUUGGAAAAAGGCUCCAGGACGGCGUCAACCCUGUCGGCUGCUACGCUCGCCUCACUGGGUGGAGCCUCUUCUCGUAGAGGGAGCUGUGACACGUCGUUCUCUGUGGAAACAGAGGCGUCAAUCAGAGAAAUCAAGGACUCUCUGGCUGAGGCAGAGGAGAAGUACCGCAGGGCGAUGGUUUCCAACGCUCAGCUGCACAAUGACAAGACAACACUGAUGUACCAGGUGGAAACUCUGAGGGAUGAGCUGAGCGACAUGGAGGAGCAGCUUUGGGAGGCCCGGAGACACAGCGAGGACAACCAAAAGAAGUUUGAGCGCGAACAUCAGGCUCACAGCAUCCUGAAGCUUCACUUCAAAGAUCUAACAGAGACGCUAAGACAAACUGAGGAGCUGCUGACGGAAGUGUCCGAUCUUCGUCUGAAGAGCACCAUUUACCGUCAGGAAGUCUCUGACCUGCAGGAAGCUCUGCAGUGGAAAGAGAAGAAGAUCGGGGCAUUAGAGCGCCAGAGAGAAAUCUCAGACAUCAUUCGAAUUGAACGUGACCGGCUCAGAGACGAGGUGGUCCGACUUCGAGAUUUACUGAAGAAACACGAACUAGAUGUCUCUCCUGACAUCACCACCAAUGGAGACACAGACCAGGGCAAUGUUGAAGAUGAUGUCAGUACAGAGUCUUCCUCGCAACUGGCUGAGGAGUCGCCUCACAGCAGCAGAGAGAGCAUGCUCGGGAAAUGUCGAGGGAGCAGGAAACAGCCCCAGGAUGACAUGAAGCAACAGCAUGUGAUGAUUAACAAGCGCUCUCAGUCGCUGAACGUGAUCCCCAUUAGUGAGCAUGCAAAACAGGCUGGGGACAGGCGUAACACAGCCGAAAAACAUCCAGACAGAAGUGAGGCAAUGAGAAACAAAAAACUGAGAUACAAGGCAAACGAAAAGGAUCUGCCCAAGAAAUUCCCAACCAGGGUUGAUGAUACCCUUCUGCUCAGGAACAAGGAAAUUAGAAAACAGCCAAUGAAGGACAAGGCAGGAGCUGCUGCUCUGGUACCUGAGCAGGAAUUUAAAGGCCCUACCAGAUCUGAAAUCAUUUCUGCCAGUGAAAUGGAAAUGAAGAUGUGUGAUAAGAAAACUUUACAUGUUCGCAAAGCUUCAAAUGAGAACGUCCUGAAAUCGAGACUUGUUCCACCUCGACCUGCUAAAGACAUGAUCCUGAAUAACAAAGCCAUCCUGCUUAGUCUUUUGUCUGCUGGAAAAAUACACCCUCUAUCCGAUGAAAUAGAAAAACAAGAUGCUUCUGGUGUUCUGGAAACAGAGGCUUCGUCCUCUGACAAACAAAAAUGUGCAUCUACUCUGGAUCUUAGUUCUCUUCAUCAACACAAAAACACAAACAUGAGCAGCCAAGAACGAUGCUUGGAACAGGAAGGUGUUCCUGAUAUUCCAGCUUCAAGUACAAAAGAAUAUAAAACACGAGAUGUAAUCACUCUGACUUCAGAGAUCAGCUCGAAAGAAAACAAAUCUGUUGAGAUGUUGGCUGUAAAUGACAGACAGGGCCUUAAAGACAGCACAGAGACUGUAUUAUUGAACCCUGAGUCUGUAAGAAAUAAAGACACAGUAGGGUCUAAUAUUUGGUCUGCAGGAAGUACAGAGGUGGAGAGACAGUAGUGUUAAAGGUUGGGUCUGUGGGAAGUACAGAGGGUGGAGAGACCGUAGUGUUAAAGGUUGGGUCUGUGGGAAGUACAGUGGGUGGAGAGACCGUAGUGUUAAAGGUUGGGUCUGUAGGAAGUACAGAGGGUGGAGAGACGGUAGUGUCGAGGGUUGGGUCUGUAGGAAGUACAGAGGGUGGAGAGACAGUAGUGUCGAAGGUUGGGUCUGUAGGAAGUACAGAGGGUGGAGAGACGGUAGUGUUAAAGGUUGGGUCUGUAGGAAGUACAGAGGGUGGAGAGACGGUAGUGUCGAGGGUUGGGUCUGUAGGAAGUACAGAGGGUGGAGAGACGGUAGUGUCGAGGGUUGGGUCUGUAGGAAGUGAAGCUAGUACAAUGAGGACGGUGGUCGAUUUAAAUCUUUCAAGUGUUUGUGAACAUCACAACUUUGAAACCAAACUGGAAUCUGAAGUGAAUGAUGUGUCUCGUUGCAAAAGGACAGGAACACUCAAGGAAGUUGAGGUCCAGAAGAUUUAUAGAUCAGUUGGAGACAUGGUUCAGAUUCAAGAAGCCUAUCCUGAGUAUGCAGAUAUUAAUGGACAGACAGCAACACCAUUUGGUCUGGAGGAAAUGUGGAGUGGUUUGGAGAAGACCAUUCAAGAAAUGCUACAAGGAGUUGUUGGUAAUCAGGCUUUUGUGGCUGAAUUCUCAAGAAUCUUUUCAGAAAUGCUGAUCUCUCUUCACCGGUGGACCUCAGAUCUG